AUGUGUGAUAGCGUUUUACUGCGUACAGCUGGUGUUCCUGAACCACUGAAGUGCACAAAAUUCAAGAAAUCUCUUAUUAAUCCAAUCGUGAUGUACUUGGCAUGCACAACGUUGGGCAUGACACCAGAGGAGGCUUUGGCUGGGGCCACGAUCAACGCAGCCUAUAGCCUCAACAUGUCUGACCGUGUGGGAGCCAUAACUGUCGGACGGCAGGCAGACAUCGUGGUGCUCAACUGUGAUAGUUCACCUGCCUUAGAGAAAAUGUUCAUGUGGCUAGCGACUAGUUCAGUGGACGAAAUAGGAGGUGGUUUCAUGGAAAAGUUGCAUUGUGGGAUGCCUCAUGAGUGCUCUGCUUGUUUUCUUAUACGCAAAAUUCUAUCUGUUGUGAAACAUUUCGGGCCUUUUUCGACGGUCAUAACUUGUCUGACGGACACAUUUUGCACACGGCUUCGGACACCAAAAGUCGUUUGUGUAUCAUGUUUUUAUCUCGUUCCACUAAAUGAAUUCAUCCUUAAAUGUCUCAGAAUAUUGUCACUGAAAAUUGUAUCGGUUUCAGGUGGAAUUCUUUGUACCCCAUGUGGUUUCUGUUUUAGGUGGGAGAAUAUAAUAUAUCAAUUCGGCGAAGCUGAAAGCCUCAUCACACAUGUGAUCAAAAAAGGGAAACUGAUUUUCAGUCAAGAGACGGGGUUUGUCGGA